GGUCAGUUAAUUAAGUAAAGUUUCCCUUUCCGCGCGCCCCCUUUUUUGAUCCAUGCACUACCCUGUGGGCAUUCAAGUGAAGGCAAACCGCAGGAAGGGAGGAGUGGAAGGGCGAAAAAUCGGGGUGGAGGAAACUCAGAAUGUAGUGGUUCGAGAGAUCUGGGGGAGAGACUUGUAAGAAAACGAGAGAAACUCUCGUUGACAAGAAAAUUUGAGGAUCUGUUUGCGUUUUUAGAUUGAGAAAUCGGAAGCAGAGACUAGAGAGAAGCGGAGAGAAGCAGAGAGAGAGACAGAGCCGACGAGGCCAGGAGAAUUCCAGUGAGAGGAGAGAGAGAGGGGGAGAGAGCAGACCUGAGAAGAUGGGUUGCUCGUUUUCAGGGUUGAAUGCUCUCUACGACGCCGUGAAUGGAGGAGGGGAUGUGUGGAUCAACGAGAACCGGUUCAGGAUCGUGAGGCAGCUCGGGGAAGGAGCCUUCGCCUUCGUCUUCCUGGUUAAGGAGGUUCUCGCCGACUCUUCUUCUGCUUCUACCGGUGGCCUCUCUAAGAAGUUAAAGGACCCCUCUCACGUCUCUGAUGAUGGCACCUAUGCAAUGAAAAAAAUUCUCAUUCAAAAUAAUGAGCAGUUGGAGUUGGUGAGGGAGGAGAUCCGUGUUUCGUCAUUGUUUAGUCAUCCCAAUCUACUUCCACUUCUUGAUCAUGCUAUCAUCACAGUGAAGGCCGGACAAGAAAGUUCUCUCAAACAUGAAGCAUACCUGUUAUUUCCAGUUCAUCUGGAUGGAACUAUACUGGACAAUGCUAACGUUAUGAAAACUAAAAAGGAGUUCUUUUCUACCUCGGAUGUUCUUCAAAUAUUUCGGCAGCUUUGUGCAGGACUGAAGCAUAUGCAUAAUUUUGAGCCACCAUAUGCGCACAAUGAUGUCAAACCUGGUAAUGUCCUUCUAACGCAUAGAAAAGGACAGGCACCUCUUGCCAUAUUGAUGGAUUUUGGAAGUGCUCGUCCUGCAAGGAAGCAAAUUCGCUCUCGAUCAGAGGCACUUCAGUUGCAGGAAUGGGCUGCUGAGCACUGUUCAGCACCUUUCCGAGCUCCUGAAUUGUGGGAUUGCCCAAGCCACACAGAUAUUGACGAGAGAACUGAUAUUUGGGCAUUAGGGUGCUCUUUAUAUGCAAUAAUGUAUGGGGUAUCUCCUUUCGAAUAUGCACUUGGGGAGUCUGGAGGGAGCCUACAGUUGGCCAUUGUAAAUGCGCAGAUAAGGUGGCCUCCUGGGCCUAAGCCCCGAUAUCCAGAAGCACUUCACCAGUUCGUGACAUGGAUGCUCCAGCCGCAGGCCACACUCCGCCCUCGUAUUGAUGAUAUCAUUAUACAUGUUGACAAGCUCAUCUCAAAGUUCUCGCAUUGAGAUCACUCGAGGCUCCAGAGAGGAAAAAAGAUAAAAACCCAAGAAGGAAGAAGAUUUUGGAUUAGUAUGCGCAGGUGUUCCAUGCACAUUUUGGCAAAUUGGGUGUUUGUGUCAGUUUUUGUGAUCCUUGUGCCAGUUUCCUUUGUAUGUCCUCUUUACUUCAAUGUGAGAAUGUGGCAAUGAAAGCAAUAGCAGUUUCUUGUUUUAA